AUGCAUAGCCAAGUUUACGAUGGCAAUAUAUACUACGAAGUUCGUCAGGCUCAGGAAGUGGGCGACAAUAGACUUGUCGAUCGUUUGUUGUCGCCUGUAACUAAAAUCACACGGAAACGUCUGCAAAGACUCUGGAAGGAAUCAGAGCAAAUGACAAUAGCGUUCGACAAAUUUCUAGAUAUUCCUGGUUUAUGGCCAGGCAUGCGUCUUGGUAUGAUGCACAGGAUACUGGCCGUCAAAUGCGAAGAGGAAAUCAUCAACUACCUCGAUCACAUAUACAGUGUCUGGUUCAAGCUUGUCAGCAGAGAUGUCUCAAAUCUUAGGCGGAUAGAUACUGAGACAGUGAAGCAAAUUCAAUUAAGAUGCCCAAGGUAUUCAUCUAGAGAUGCGCAAUUCCUUAAAAGUCACGUCGAAAAAGGGACACUUUUUCCGUCUUUCAGUGAUGCAGAGCGCAGAACCAUAUGGUCGGAGCUUCUCAGCGUCGAUACCAUCAUACCCUCACUUUACACAUUUUUUGAAGACUUCAAAUAUCUUGAAUCUUGUGCAGGAUCCUUCCAUCACUUCCUUGAACUUCCGAAACACUCCUCUGAUACUAUUUCGAGCUCACUAAGGUCAAUUUUCCGACUGGGGGCCGUAUCUAGUGGGCCUUUGAUCCAAAUACCAAAUGACGCAUGUUCUCUACGUGAUGAUGUACCAGAGGAUCAAUUCCACAGGGCGAAGAAUGAACUCUGGCUCUAUGUAAUGAGAUAUUACCGAGAAAUGGAACGACCGAAGCAGAAUGACAGGAUAGCCCUUGCAAGAGUCAGAACUCAGCAGGCAGACGCAGAAACCUUGACCAACUUCGCGGUAUUGGCCAGCCAACAAGGUUUCAGAAAUGUUCAAAUUGAUCAUCUU